GCUAAGCGCUCAAAAACUUAAUUGGUAUACCACCACAGAAGUCGUAUUUCAAGUACCUAGGGAUUGUUGAAGCCAUGUCUAACUUUUGGUUUAAUGAUGGAAAUCAGAGCAGUGGUAUUCCAAAAGAAGAUGCGUUCUUGAAUAAUAUUUUUGACCAGGCCGCUCAGUCAAAUAAUCAAUCUAAUCAACAGGUACCGCAUAAUAAUCAAUCAAUGGAUACCGAAAUGCUUUCAAACCCUCAACAGACUCUCAACCAACAAGGGUUUCCUUCGCAGCAACAAGCGCCAUCAACACAACAACAACAGCAGAAAAGCUUAGAUAAGUCGAAACAAGAACAACUUCUUCAGAUGAGACAACAAAUAAUGCAACAACAAAUGCUUCAUGCAAAGCAGCAGAAACAACAACAGGAACAACAGCAGUUUUCUCCAAGCAACAUUCCCAUGUCAGCAUCACCCCAGCCAUCUAAUGCCCCAACUCCUCAACAAAUGAUGAAUAUGAAUCAAGGUGGAAGAGGUCAAGGCAAUUCUCAAGUAAACCUGGUGUAUGCUCCUAGUCCGGUAAACAAUAUGAACUCUCCUAGUAUGGCGUCAUCAACCACUCCUCAAUAUAAUCAUCUGGUUGGAACUCCUCAAAUCCCACAAAAUUUAUCAAGACCCCAACUGCAACCAUCAAAUCCUCAACAAAACCCGAAACCAAUGCAAGGUCCGGCUCAACACCAGGCCCAGCAAGCACAACAGCAACUAGUCAGUAAGCUCAGUCCACAACAAUUACAGCAGCUCCAAUACGAAUUAUUCAUAGCUACCCUCAAUGACUUCAUGAAUAGCCGUAAUACGCCAAUAACUCAACAACCGAUUGUGAAUGGUAAAAAAGUUAACCUUCUACUUUUACAUUUGUUAUCCCAAAAACUUGGUGGGGGUCAACAGCUAAUGAAAGCACUUCAAAACAUACAACCUCAACAAGGUAAUUCUUGGACUGCUAUUUGUCAAAGAUUAGGUUUUUUCGAAGGUAUAAAUGUACAACAAGAUUUUAACUCGAGAAUUCAAAUCGAAAAGGAAACUGCAAAUGUCUAUAUACAAUACGUGCUUCCUUAUGAGCAAUAUGGUCAAACUCCAAAUGGUGCAAGAGAUUUACAAACGAAAAGAAUGAUGUACCAAAAGAAAAUAUUUUUAAAACUUCAACAGCUGCAAUUGCAACAACAACCACAGCAGCAACAAAAUGCUCCUAAUCAACUACAACAGCAAAUGCAAAAUCCACCAUCAAGACAUAUAUCUCAAAGCAACAUGUCACCGCCAGCCAACAUUAACUCACCCGGAAUAAACAACGUCCCUACUCCAGGUGCUGGAAUGAUACAUCAGAGCCCAAUUCCAAGUUCAGCUCCUACUCCCCAACAAAGAAAGCUUUCUCAUGUUAGUAAUCCAUCGGCUCACAAUUCACCUGCUGUCUCUCAGUCGCCGUACAUGGCUCAACAAACAAUUUCAAGAAGCGGAAGUGUAGUUCAACAGCAUACUCCUCAACAACAUUCCCAACCACCACCUCAAACUCAAACUCAGCAAACCAUGCAAAAACCCACGAAGCCUAAACCACAAAGAACACCAAAUGAUCAAACUUCCGAAUCACCUCAACUUGAUAAACCAGAUAAGGAACUAGAAUUCAAUAUUAUUAAAAAUUAUGUACCUCUCCGUAAGUUAGUGGAGACUCAUGAUGGGUUUGAUAUCAAAGCCUUAUCAAGUUUAGCUAGUGAAAUUGAAUUAACCAAACCAGUUUAUUUAUUUGCUCCUGAGUUGGGUUCCAUCAAUGUGCAUGCUUUAACUAUGGCGUUGAAAAAUUAUACUGUACCAAAUAGUGGUGAAAUAAUGAGUGCUUUAAAUACCUUGUUAGUGACUACUUCUGACUCCAGUUUCUCUUUUAAAGUUACGGAUUGUCUAGAACUUUUAGAUUCAUUGGCUCUGCUUGGUUUGAAAGUUUUAGAUCAUAUUAUUGGCAAAAAGUCUAAACAUGCUUCUGUUUAUGAAGAUGCUAGUAAAUUAAGUGAAAAUAAUCCUAUAGAUGAUGUAUUUAAAAAAUAUACUGGGAAUCAGCAAAUGUUUGGUGAAGACGUUACAUAUGUUGUGGAUUCGUUAUCAGCUGAAGUUAUUGAGGAUGAAGACUCAGACUUAGAUUUGGACGAAGUUUUCUCUUAUGAAGAAGAAAAUGACACUCCAUUGUCGAAUAUCGAGGAAGAACCAAAGUUAGAAAGAUUUGGUAUUACCGAUUAUAAUACUACAAUACUUAAGUUCAAAGAAGAGAAUAAAUAUCAUUUCAGCAAACUCCAAACCAAGAGUGCUGUUGAUGAGCAAGUAAUGUUAGUUGAUCAAUUAAUAACUAUUACCAUGAUUUUGAGAAAUCUUUCAUUUGCUGAGGAUAGCAAAGCUGUUAUGGCCAACGAUUCAUUAUUCAAAGAUUUAUUAUUUACAUGUGUUAAGUACAUUGCCAGUUAUCCUGAUAAAUUUAAAUUUUACAGAAAAAGGUUAUGCAUCUUAAAAGAUUGUUUAUUGAUGUUAGAUAAUAUUGCAUUUUUAAUGGAAUUGAGGACUUUAGAAGAAGCAUUUUUAUCAUUCAUUUUAAUUAGUGCAUUUGGACCCAAGUUAAAUGAAAAUGAAAAGGAAGAAUCUGGAUUUAAAAUCCCUUAUGCUAAUUUAGAUAUGUUUUCUUAUUUACCCUUUGGUAUUGAUGCAUUUACUAAAUUAUUAGUACGUGAACCUAGAAAUAAAACAUUAAUGCAAGCGGUUCUUAGUGGUAGUUUAGCAGCAUCAUCAUCAAAUAGUUUCCCAUCAGUCAUUUCAAUCAAUAUUAGCGCUCAAGAUCAACAAGAAACCAAAAAAUUAAUGGACGCUUAUUUCGGUGAUGAUAAUUCUACAAAAGAAGCUAAGCUUUUAACUAGAUCAUUUAAAUUAUUAAUGAGUGUGAUACCAUUUGAUUCUAACAGUUUUGAAUUUGCCAAAUUCACUUUUAUAAGAGCUCCAACUUUAUCCCAGGCAUUAUUUGGUGUUAAAUUAUUAAUUGAUUUAAUUCCUUAUGAUGAAAAUUCCCCAUUGAAUGAUGUUUUAGUUGAAUGGUUACUUGCAAAUAAAGAUAUUUUACUUUCAAACUUUGCCAGAAUUUCACUUUCUUUAGUUACUGAAGCUUCAAAAUAUGGUCUUCAUUCUAACGAAAGUAAGAUCUUGUCUUUAGUAAUUUUGAAAGCUCUAAUUGUUGUUAAUUCCUUAGUUGGUAAUGCCUUAUUGUAUUAUAGAAAUACCCCAUCGUCUCCUUUGAAAGAUGAGCUUUCCAAAUUAACCGAUGCUUAUAGGGUAUUGCCCGACGAAACAUCAACCUUGGAUAGUUUUAUCGCCCCAAAUGUCGACGUGGAUGUCAGUCAAGAACUUUUACGUUUACUCAGAUUGUUAAAAUCUUUUUAAUACAAAUCUAACUUUCACUUCUUUAUUUUAAAUAAACCAAAACAAAAAAGAUAAAAAAACAAAAAUUGAAAACAUCAAUAUGAAUAAUUUUUUUUUGUAUAAUUACAUUUAAUAUAGAUAUAAAC